AUGGUUUCUGAAGAGCUGCUGGAAAAGUCCUUGGAGAUUCUCCAGGACCAGACACUUGAUGAAGAGGAGCAGGCUGAGAAAGUCGAAGACUUCUUGCGCGCCAACUCUUCACUCGCUGGUGCGUCCCUGGAGAAUGCGGUUCUGGACAUCUUAUGGCGGCAUCGCAAUCGCACUCUCCCCGACUCCUCGCCUCCCCCGGCUCGCCAUACUGUGAUCCGUAGAUCUUCGCCAGCACCAUGGCAAAUGUCUCGUGCGGUCACUCCGCUAUCACCACAACCGACUCUGGGCACCUUGGGAACUAGUCCUGGAAGUACCUCGUGGGUGCAGAACUCGCGUGGGGCAUUCUCUCGAGCUCCGCUUUCCUCGACCGUCUCUCCGUUUACCUCUCCGCGACCCUCACCCCGCCUUGCGCUCGCGCAACCGAUCCCACACUCUCCAAACCUCAACGCUUAUGAAUUUUCCGACCAGGGCCACGGGUCGAAUUUCUAUGAUGACUUGGGCAGCGACAGCAACGUCGAUUGGCUGGUCGGAGACGAUGCCAACAGCACAACAUCGUCUGCGGGAGGCCUCAGCGUUCCGGGGUCCCUGAGCGCGACAGCGGCGGAGUUUGUGCCGGACAUGAGUCCUCACGAUAUCUUACGCACCGUCCUGGGUGACAAGAAGACAAAUGACGAGAUCGAGAGUGCCUUGGAAGCAAACAGCUAUGACCUGGGCGCUACCAUCGCCGCUCUCUCACAAAAUGCCGAGGCGCACACCGUGAUGAAGCAAACCGAGGACGCUCGUGUUUUGGUUGGCAAGUCUAUGGCCAUGGAACAAGCUCGUCCCAUCACACCUUCGGCCAAUGGCCGUAGCCCCGUGGUCUGCAAAUACUGGCUAUCGACAGGGCAGUGUCUGAGAGCCGACUGUCGCUUCAGCCAUGAUUUGACCAGCCACGUCUGCAAGUAUUGGGUGAUGGGUAACUGUUUAGCCGGUGAUGGGUGUCCCUUCUCCCAUGAUCCAUCAGCCCUGAUAUCAAAUCUCAGCGUGUCAAGCAAUAGCCGUCCCGUCUCACCAGCGCUGAGUACUCUUUUCCAGGUCGAGGGCACUGAUGCCUUUCCGCCACUUUCGGCUGCUGCUAUGGAUGAGCAAUGGACAAAUCAGUACACGAGUCGAUACCCUGGUCUUGGCUCUCCAGCGAAAACGAUACCUCCGGGUCUCCAUCCGGGCAUGGGAAGACGAAACGGUAGCUUGACCCAUCUUGGGCGUCCAAAUUCCCGACCGGCCAGUCGUCAUCAAAAUCGACCGGAUCUGAACCCGUCUGGUCUGUCAGUUGAUGACCCAGAUGCGUUCCCAACACUCGCUGCAGUUAGCUCCAAGAAUGCUGGGAAGAAGCAUCAUGGCAAACGGGCUGCACAUCAUGCAGGCAAGGAGAAUAUACCUUCUUCGCUUGCCGACGUAGUUCGCAUGUCGCCGUCGCCAGCGUCCAACAAAGGAAAAAACUCGCCAAAAAGCAUCAAAGAGACCAAGGGUCGUGAGAAUAGUGCUGCAGCCAUGGCAAUCCCUGCGCCACAGCAUAUUCCUUGGUUAGAGACCGGGGCGAGAGCCAAUCAGCAGUACAUCAAAUAUCGAACUGAAGCCAUUCGCCACGGCACCGUUCGCAACAAGUUUCUUCAAAGCGCCGCUCAAGCUUGGAAUCGAAAUGACGCGCGAGCUGCCAAAGCACUUUCGCUUAGGGGCCAGGCUGAGAACGAUGCUAUGCGUCGCUGCCAUCGGGAAGCUGCACGCCAGCUUUAUGAGGAACGUAAUCAGCAUUUACACCAGGCUGGCCUGGAUGAGGCGUCGGAAGAGCUCUAUGUUGAUUUACAUGGCCUCCAUCCCGAGGAAGCAAUUGAGUAUUUGGAGAAGAUCCUGCUCAAGCAUGCACAAGAAGGGAUUCCAGUAGUGUAUGCCAUUACGGGUACUGGUCACCACUCCAAAAAUGGCAAAGAUAAGAUUGGCAAGGCUAUCAAAGCCUGGCUCAAUGAGUGGCGCUACCUCUUCCGUGAAUUCAGCGUACCUGGCGAGCGUGGGGGCUAUGUCGGUGGCAUUCUCGGGAUCGAUCCCUCCAGCUACGACAAAUCUCUUGCCAAGGCUCUGGCAGAGAGUGACAACCUGUCGGCGGAUGGAGGUCAGUCGGCCCUCACCAUGGGCAAAAUUCAAUUGCUCAGACGUGAGGAUCUCGAAAUGAAGAAGUCAUGA